CACGACCCAACAUUGCAUUUAGAGCAGCUGUUUCCUUCUUGUGGCUGUUUCCUAUUGGCCUACAUUGCAGCACUCAAAUUUGCCACGAUACCCAAACCAGACCCAAACAGGACACGUCAUGUGAAGAUUGACACGUCACUAACCAAUGAUCGAGCCAAUGAGGGUUUCGGUGGGUUGUGACGAAACUACCGAGAAGCCAAUCACACGCCUUACAUGGCCUGACGCCAUUGUUGACAGGAAGCGCACUGGGGCUGAAGCAGCUAUCCCGAUCAGACCCUUGCCCAUCCAAAGUUUCAUUAACGCACGUCUAUCUUUUUGAACGUUUGUAAGGUCGAAUAAUAAUGAUUGGUGAGAACGAACCGAGGAAAAGAUGCAAUGGAGGUCAAUAGUAGUCGGUCUGGUCGUGUUGAGGCUGUCUCUCAGCUGUGUGGUGUGGCUAGCAUUUGGACUUGGACAUAAUGUGAGCUGGGGCUUUAACUUCCCUCUGAAUUUUAACCUGCAGACUUUGGAUCUUAAGCUAUUCAAAGACGAAACGGAGGCUUUGAAGGGUAAUUCAUGGUCUCAGCGCAUACCGAGUGGAAAGUAUGACGAGCCAAGGACCUCCUGUCCAAAGAUUGGAGAAGACUCUCCUCAGAAGUCCUACAUGAACUUCUAUGAUGGGAAUAAGGACGAAUAUGUCAAGCGGUACAACACCUUUCCAGAUACUCUUAAAGCGCAAAUGAAGGCCCAGGCAAAAGACAUGUUCUAUUUUGGAUACGACAAUUACAUGAAAUAUGCCUUUCCUGAAGACGAGCUCAAUCCAAUUGAUUGUCAGGGCCGAGGACCAGACGUCCUGAACCCGUCAAACAUCAACAUAAAUGAUGUUUUGGGGAACUACUCGUUGACAUUGAUUGACACCCUAGACACAUUACUGGUCCUUGGCAACAUCACAGAGUUCCAAAGGGCUGUGAAGCUGGUUAUAGACACGGUGUCCUUUGAUAAGGACUCCACCGUGCAGGUCUUUGAGGCAAACAUCAGGAUCCUGGGCAGCUUGAUCUCCUCCCACAUCCUACUGACCGACCCAAAGCACCCUUUUGGCGACGUUGGCAUCGAAGGCUACGACAACGAGCUACUCCACAUGGCCCACGACCUGGCCGUGCGCCUGCUGCCUGCCUUCGAGAACACCAUCACGGGCAUUCCUUACCCCAGAGUGAACCUGAAGACGGGGGUGCCGGCGGACAGCAUCAACGAGACGUGCACAGCGGGCGCGGGCUCCCUGCUGGUGGAGUUCGGGAUCCUGAGCCGCCUGCUGGGGGACUCCACGUUCGAGUGGGUGGCCCGGCGGGCCGUCCGGGCCCUCUGGAGCCUGAGGAGCAAGGAGACGGGCCUGCUAGGCAACAUUGUAAACAUCCAGACAGGCCAGUGGGUGGGCAAGCAGAGUGGCGUGGGCGCGGGCAUGGACUCCUUCUACGAGUAUCUCCUGAAGUCCUACAUCCUGUUUGGGGAGAAGGAGGACUACAGGAUGUUCCAGGCUGCCUACGAGAGCAUUCAGAACCACUUGAGAAGAGGGAGAGAGUCGUGUAAUGAAGGAGAGGGCGACCCACCCCUCUACGUUAACGUUAACAUGUUCAGCGGGCAGAUCAUGAACACCUGGAUCGACUCCCUGCAGGCCUUCUUCCCAGGUCUCCAGGUUUUGAGCGGCGAUGUGGAGAACGCCAUUUGCCUCCAUGCCUUCUACUACGCCAUCUGGAGGCGAUACGGCGCUCUGCCGGAGCGGUACAACUGGCAGCUGCAGGCCCCCGACGUGCUGUUCUACCCCCUCAGGCCUGAGCUGGUGGAGUCCACCUACCUGCUCUACCAGGCGACAAAAAACCCGUUCUACCUUCAUGUCGGAAUGGAUAUUCUCCAAAGCCUGGAGAAAAAUGCCAAAGUCAGAUGCGGAUAUGCAACUCUCCACCACGUCGUGGACAAGUCCAAAGAAGAUCGGAUGGAAAGCUUCUUCCUCAGCGAGACUUGCAAAUACCUUUAUCUGCUCUUUGAUGAGGACAACCCGCUGCACAAGUCUGAGAACAAGUACAUAUUCACCACCGAGGGCCACAUCGUGCCGAUAGACCAGCGCUUCAGGGAGAAACAGUGGGAGGACCUCUUCCCCUUGGAGGAGGGAGAGACCCCCGAGGAUGAGCCACAGAAUCCGCCUCGCAACACAAGCAACUGUGGCCGGAUCCCCGACGCGCGGCGCUUCGCUCUGCCACUGAAGAGCGUCUACAUGAGGCAGAUAGACCACAUGGUGGGUCUGUUCUGAACCUGCAGAAGAGCAGCGCUUCGGCCACAACCUAGGGUUCUCCCCCCCCUCCGCUGCCUGUCUGAGUGUGGCCCGUGUAUGUACAGAAGGGAUUCCCUGUUUUAACACAUUUUGUACUCCUGAUGAGCUCAGGUCCAAGGUAGUCAAUAAUGGUGCCAAACGAGUCAUGGAAAUUGAUUGUACUUCAUUGCUUAUUUUCUUUCUCUCUGUAUUGAUUAAAGUGUUUAGUGUCUUGACUCGAAUAGAGAGAGACAAUUGUGGAACGUUGUGGGAAUUGUACUUCCAAGUUUUAAACUGUGACCAACAGAGGUUUAUGUGGUGGUUUUUAUAAGAGCGACUCUUUUCGUAAUGAACAAACUAAUGGCACGUCGAGCACAUGUUGGUGUCUGGAGUGUUUACGUUUACACACACACAGACACACAGACACACAGACACACACACACACACACACACACACACAGACACACAGACACACAGACGAUACCAGUUACAGAACUGUCCUGAAUUCACACUAACACUUUCGUGUGCCUCACUGCUGUGUAUUGUGCUCUUGAAGAGCAACAUCAAGGUGUCUUGGAUUUGAUGCCUCAAUCUGGGCUUUUUAAUAGUAUUUAAUUGUAUUAAUUAAAUUAAAGAAAAUUCUAGGUCUUAAACUCUUCCAUAAGAUAACUUUCUAAUGUCCCCACUAGAACAACAGAGUAGUUUAUACACAGACUUGGAUCUGCUACUGUGCACCUUUUUUAUUUAACUCUAUGUACCUCAUGUACUACAAUGUGCUGUCUCUGCAAGGAGUUCUUUAUGCAAUAGGUAAAGUUAGAUGUGGGGCAGAAUGGGACUUUUUUUUUUUUCUGAAACCUCAGCUGACCUCAGAUUUUCUAUGGUGGGAGUGGAAUAUACGCAUAAAAACAACGCCCCUUUUUUUGCAUGCAUGCUCAUCUCAGGCUGCUGGUGACUUGACGUCGAGCAGUAAGCCAACUGAUGUACCUUGACCAUAGGAGAGGAAGGUCUAGGGGGACCUGUGCUAUUGUUGAAGUGCCUUAAACAUUUUUUUAAGCCCCUUCUAGAGCUCAUUCACUGUUGUUUGAUAUUGAUGAUUGAUUUUGACGUUUUUUUCAGCCACUAUUUAUUUUCCACAUUGGCAAUCAUUCCAUACUUUACGAACAGUGCUCCUAAUGUUAUGGAAUUCCGCUCCUUCCUUCUUAGAACACAACAGAAAAAGCCAUAAAGUGUAUCAUUUUUGUAUCAAUUGACCAGGCACAGCUUGCGCCUCAUGUGGUAAUCUUUGUCAUUGUUUUUCUGAUUUGGAAAGUGGUUUACUAGCACGCAAGCAUGGAGGUAUAAGGCUGCAGAGAAGUCAUCAGUUAAUAUAUCCUCACUAAAUUGUGCAAAAUUAUGUCUAUUGUGUGUAAUGUGGUAAGAACUCAGGGCAUAAAUGAGUAAUCUCGUCCAUAAACAACUGUCUUAAAGGUCUGCUCUGCCAGUGGUUUCAAUCUGUUGUUCUUUUGAGCGCUGUAGCUAUUUAUGAUCUUACUUUUGAAAACGUUUGUCUUGGGGCAAAACAAAGCACUCGGUUCAAGUAUUUACAUCUCUUUGCACUUUGGGUGUUUAUCAUUUGUAUUGGGUUAGUGUUUUCAAGUAUAAACGAUCUUGUAACUUAACGUUUCAUCGAUGCACAGCUACACCAAAUCUCAAGUAUUGGGAGUAUUGGGUAAUAGGAGUCGUGAUUUGUUAGUCCACCAGAUAAUCCUCAUUCAAUAUUACACACCAAACCCUUAUGUGUCCACCACUUGAAGGCUUAGCUCAGACCGUUCAUCUCGACGAUGUCAAAACAAAACAGGUCUUCCGGUGUUGAACUUGUGGUUUAGGAUCAGUCAGUUCAAUUCUUCCAAUAUGAAUAAUAUGCAUGAGUUCUGAGAUGAUGAGACAUUCGGUUUCAUAAUGGCCGGGUUCACUUUGAACUCAAUCCCAACUGUUCACUUUACACUUCUAAGCGUUAUUAUUUUUCAAUGUCUGGAAAAUGUUCUGGGAAAAAAAUGCAAUGGAAUUAAUAAAUGGCAAACGAUGAACCAAGGAA